AUGGAGGGCCAGCACCACCCUUACACCAGUGUAAAUAUAGAUACAGGCGGUGGCGGUGGUGGUGGAGCUGAUAGAUUUCCUCAAUGGAGUAUUCAAGAAACCAGGGAUUUCUUGAUGAUUCGUUCAGAGCUCGAUCCGACGUUCAUGGAGACUAAACGGAAUAAGCUUCUCUGGGAAGUAAUCUCAACCAGGAUGAAAGAAAAGGGUUAUAAUAGAAGCUCUGAACAGUGUAAGGGCAAGUGGAAAAACCUCGUUACUCGAUUCAAGGGAUGUGAAACGAUGGAGGCAGAAGGUAUACGCCAACAGUUUCCAUUUUACAACGAACUCCAAGCAAUAUUUGGUGCAAGAAUGCAAAGAAUGCUAUGGAUUGAAGCUGAAGGCGGUGGAGCAAGUAGUUCGAAGAAAAAAGCCGUGGCCACUGCGCAGCUAUCUUCAGACGAGGAGGACGAUAAUGACGACAGCGAUGGGGAUCAAAAGGGUGGCAGUAAGAAGAAAAGGAAGACUAAAAGCAAUACAAAUCCCAGCAAUUCGAGCAAUUUGAUCACGAGUAUAAGGGAGAUAAUGGAAGAAUUCAUGAAGCAACAGAUGCAAAUGGAGAUGCAGUGGCUGAAAGCAUAUGAAGCAAGAGAAGAAGAGAGAAGAAUAAAAGAAAUGGAAUGGAGAAAAACGAUGGAGGAUUUAGAAAAUGAGAGGAUGAUGAUGGAUAGAAGAUGGAGAGAAAGGGAAGAACAAAGGAGAAUUAGAGAAGAAGCUAGAGCAGAAAAAAGGGAUACCCUUAUUACAGCUCUAUUGAAUAAGCUUAGAAGAGAAGACAUGUAG